UUUGCGUCCGGCCAAAGUCGGAGUCGUUGGAGGCACGAGUCCAACGCCACGUUCUCACGUUCUCUCUUUCUCUCUCUCUCUCUCUCUUUCUCUCUCUUUCUCUCUCGUCCGCCGAAAGAACCGAGGACGCGCAUCCGCGUGGGUGACUUCUCUCUGUCCCGCGCGAUUCGUCACGAUUUCCCUCGCGCUCGUGGAACGUCCGUGUGAGGCCGAGAGGCGGGAAUGCGUGCGGCUCGCGGCUCGCCGAGCGACGCCGAGCGUGUCUCCCGCGUUGCUCCACGGCUGUAAACGCCGUCUCUCUCUUUCUCUCGCCCUCUCCUUCUCCCUCUUCCCUCUCUCUUUCUCUCCCUGUCGCGGGGAACGAUGGACGUGAUAGUGCGAUAGGUUCGACGGCGACUCGAAUCCCCGUGGAGCAAGCGCGUGGAAUCUCGGCCGACCGCGCGACGUCAUGACGCGUCUACGGGGCCGUGCGUCGCUGAUGGUCGUCGCGACCAUCAGCUUCGUCCUGCUGGUCGUCAUAUACCACAUACUGAGUAACGAGAUCGACGAGAUGUCAUCGGGCAAGAUCGGCGCGCGUCUACGAGCCGAGGAUGUGUACCCACCAGGUGAACUCACGGACGGAGGGCAGCGAGUAGACGAGCGGAUGACGGGUGAUCUGAAGAACGGUAGGAACAGACUGGUUAACGAGUUAACUCACGAUAAAUCGUUUGCAGAAGUCACUGCGCCGCUGUUCAAGGGCCAUAAGAUCGUCCAUCUAGAUCUGAAAGGCGCCCCGCCGAGGAUCAGCUAUUACAGCUAUCUGUUCCCCCUGCUGCGAAAGCUGGGCGCCACCGGCGUGCUCGUCGAGUACGAGGACAUGUUCCCCUACGCCGACGAUAUCGAGGACAUACACGCCGGCAACUCUUACACCAGGAAGGACGUCGCGCAGAUACAGAGUUUAGCCAGGAACAAUCAGCUGAUCGUUAUACCGUUGAUACAGACCUUCGGCCACAUGGAGUUCGUUCUCAAGCUGGACAAGUACAAGGACCUGAGGGAGGUCCCGCAUUACCCGCAGGUCGUGUGCCCCACGUACAACAAGACGCUGCCGCUCAUCUACGAGAUGAUAAACCAAGUCGUGUCGGCGCAUCCGACGUCGAAAUACUUGCACAUAGGCGCGGACGAGGUUUAUCAGAUAGGAGAGUGCUCGAGGUGCUUAGACGUCAUGGCCAAGAGGCAGUGGAGCAAGCGACAGCUCUUCCUGGACCACGUCUCCACGGUGGUCAAGUACAUUAAGGAGAGAUACCCGGAGCUAACUGUACUUAUGUGGGACGACGAGUUCCGCGACAUAUCGCCGCAGGAGAUCAUCGACAGGGGCCUCCACGAGAUGGUGGAGCCGGUCAUUUGGAAGUACACCACCGAUCCCAGCACGACGCUGUGGGAUCAGCUGUGGGAGAGUUACGCCGCGGUGUGGAAGGAGGUCUGGGUCGCGACGGCGUUCAAAGGCGCCACCUCGCCGGACAGAUAUUACACGGACAUCUCGUACCACAUGGAGAACCACCAGCGCUGGCUGGAGAUGAUUCAGAAGUACUCGAGCCAGCUCACGUUCAAGGGUGUCAUGUUGACCGGAUGGCAGAGAUACGAUCACUUCAGUGUCCUUUGCGAAUUGCUGCCGGUAGGACUGCCGUCUCUCGCGAUUGACUUGGCGAUAUUGCAAGCCUCCGAUGUAAACGGCUUCCCCAUAGAACUGCCCGAUCGCAUAGCCGAGGCUUUGCAAUGCGAGGGUAUCAUCUCGUUGAGCAUACCGGAGCCGCAGUACGGCUGGACCAAAUGCAGCUUCCACGGGGUGUCGGUGUACGCGGUGAUUUUACGCCUUUACUCUCUCACGCAGGAAAUCACGAAAAUGGAGCAGGACAAUACCUACAAGGGAUGGCUGAAACCGUACAAUAUCAAAUACUCUUUCGCGAGCCCCAAUUACGUCGAGCGCGCGUUUACCGACUUGGACAGGCACAAAGUCGAAAUUAUGUACAUCGAGAAAGAGAUGCGUACAGCCAUGGAAGAUAUUUACGACGAUUACACGAUACAAGAGUGGCUUGACACGUAUGUCGCGCCUCUAAACGAAAAGCUCAAUCAGUUGGUGGAAGUCAAGGCGAAACUUUUAGACAGAAACACGUGGCCAAAGAGACCUCUCACGAAAUCCGAUUUAUAGUAUAAAUCGGCGGCUUUCGAAUGAGCAGGCGAAGAUUAAUGUUCUUUAUGGUACAUAAUAAGAGACUGAAAAUUUUAUUAAAAGAACGCGAGAAAAAAAAAGUACGCGUGUUUUUUUCGCGGAUAAUUGCGGAAAAAUCUUUUAGUAAUUAUUUUAUAAAAACAAACGGCGUGGAUAAUCAGUGAAAUGUAAAAAUUUUGGACUCGCAAUUUUACAUCUUGAGCAAUCCUUGUACAGAAUAUGUGAUAAUAUGUAAUUUGAUAAGAGAGUAAUCAAAUGGUAAUUGCACCGUCCGUGUAAAUUAGUCAAUCUCGUUUGUCUCGACGAAAUUUAAUUGACUUAUUUAUGGUAGAAUUACCAAUAGACUUUUUUCUUACGUAGAUCACCCACAAGUUUUUUUGAAAAAUCAUUAUAAAUAAUUAUUCAUCUCCUUCCAACGAAAAGGAAAUCUUAAAUACACUAUUAAUGUUCUGGGUGAUUUGCAGAGAUAGACGGUGUAAAGAUAGUUAGUAAUAUAUUGAUAAAUAUAUAUAUUAAACGAACAAAUAUGAUUUUGCGGCGUUGAAAUAAAUAAUUUAUUGUCGGUUUGUUAAGAAUGCUAGAUCUCAAAUUGUUUUUUUAGAUUUGGAAAAUCAUAUAUAAUAUAUAUUAUAUAUACGUAACGGACACAUCUUUAUAAUAUAACGUGGAUUAUAUAAAGUUAAUCUUUCCAAUCGUAUACGCACACAACGCUCUUUUUUCGUGUUACGUCUUCUAAUUAUAAAGACUUGUGUACGCAGAGUUAUAUUUUACUGGAAUGUUUAUUGAAAAAACAUUGGCAAUUUAAUAUUAAUUCACGCGUGUUAACCAUCUGCAGCUUUAGCUUAAGCGGGGAAUCGUGCCAUAAGCAGAUAAUUGCGACAUUAUGCUCCAAUUAGAUAAAAUUUUGAAGGCUGAAAAGAUUAUUUGUAUCCGUGCUUGAAUUGAAGACUUUUUAUGUGAGAGACGGAAAAUGAGAAGAGUGUUCUUUAAUUUAAAAAAGUAUCUUUACGUCUUUAUAUAAGUCUGUUGCUUUUUUCUUACGGUACUGUAACGAAAACUGCUACUAUGCACGACAUAGGUCGGUAUUCAUAGUCAGAUCUUAUGUUGUAUGUAACAUUUUAUUGGUUACGGAAUAUCUGGAGAUAAUGUUAAGACGAUCUUGUAAGAUCUGACCAUGAAUACCGCCUAGAAAGACGGUACGAAGUAUCUUAGAGACCUUUCGAUAGUUUUGAAAAUUGAGAACACGGAGCUUCUUCAUAAAAAAUUUUUAUUAUUGUUACAAUCUUUUUUUUAUGUUGGGUCUUCAAUCAUGCUGCAAUUUUUCGAUGGGCGAAACGGCUUGUAAUGCAAUAUUUAACAAAUCUUCCUAGUAAUUUCGACUUCUUCUGUGAGCUACUAAUAUACAUAUACGUCUUUGCAUUGUAUCAUGCGCUUUGUUAUUAUUUCAUAGUUCAUACUAUUAUAAAAGUAUUUUUAAUGUUGUUAUAUAAAUAAUAUAUUGCGCGUGUAACUAUUAUCACAACUAAUGAGAUUAAUAAAUCUGUUUUUCAAUCUA